UAUUUUCCUCUUUUCAACCGCCCCAAACAACAACAAAAAAAAAAAAAAAAAAAAAAAAACCAAAAACAAAAAAGAGUCCACUCUUCCCUCUCCCUCUCUUCUCUGUGAUUGCUGCUCGCCGCUGCGCCCAGCCCCACGCCAUUCGUGCCGCACCGCCGUUGACGCUCUCUCUAGGUUUAGGCCGCGACCGACAGAGGCCACCGGAUUCAACGUGCGCCUCUCGAAGCUAUGAGCAUCGAGAACAUCCCUAGACAGCGCGAACUUGCUCUCGAAUUCGACCGACCACCGCUCUAAAUUUGGAUAAGGAUAUAAUAGUGGCCUCUGUUUUGAAUGCAAUCGUUUUGGUGACAUGGUGAUUAUAUUAUGUUUGGCUAUCCGCAGAAUGCACAACUCUGCCACGGGGGUAAACAUGGUCUAUGUUUUGAGUGCACUCACUUUGGUGACAAAACAUUGAUUUAUGUUCUGCUUGGCUAAUUGUAAAUAUGAACAACCUUGCCAUGAGUAUGAGUUUGAUGGUUAUGACAAUUGGAAUAGUUGGCACGUGACAGGAAGAUAAGAGAAAGGUUAAAAGGGAUCACCUCCGAGUACUGGGCAUGACAGUUUGAUCGUCGUCUAUCGUGUAUUGAGAAUUGAAUAACACCCAACCUAGGCCUUGCUUAUUGUUUUAUUAUCUUCUUUUUCUUUCUCGUCAUCCUUUUGUUUGGAGAAAUUUAAAUGGAUCUCUCUCCAUUCAAGCGGGACAUCGAUGAGCUUAUUAACGAGUUUGCUGAGGGGGAAUCAACAGCUUUGGCUGAUAUGAAGAGAGUAUGGAUUUCUAGGAAGUUCUCCUACAUAUACGAGGCUAGUCCUUCUACCAACUUGGCCUUCUUUAUGCAAUCAUUGUAUGCCCAUUCAAUUGGUUACAUGAUAGGUAAUGCUUCUUUAUCACACAGAUUGGGUGGGCUCUAUUGCCUUUACUGCCUCUAUGAGACUCAGCCUUUCAAACCUCCUUUCAGAAUUUAUCUAUCCAUUGGAGAGCUGAAGAAACUUACAAACCUUGUUGUUGAUGCAAAAGGAAAAGGUCUAAAAGUGGUAUCUCCUUUGAUCAGGAUAAUGCUUGAGAAAAACAUGUUCCUCUUUGGGUCUGUAGAAAUAAAUGAAGGUUCUGUGACGGAGACAGUGAAUCAACUCACAGAAUUACAGAAUGCCCGCAUUCAAGCUGCAUAUAAGAAGUUGCUUGCUAAUACUCGAAUGGAACACUUCCUUCACAUGGACUUGGCCAGCUUGUGCGCAACUCGACUAAACCCACGGGGCCCUGAAGUUAAUGGCCAGGGAAUGGAAGUUGACUUGAAUGUGGUCCAGAAAAUGUCAACAGAAUAUGCAGAGGCCAAGAAGUUAGCCAUUGAAGAAGCCAGCAAGGUGGCAGAUGUCCAAGACAUAAAGCACAUAGCAGAAGAUAAAAAUUUGAUUGGAGACACAAUGGAAAAGAUCACAGAUGACUGGAUCGUACACAAAGACAUUUUUUACCGGCAAACACGAUCAAGUCAGCAUCCUCCUGAAGAACCACAGCAGUUGCUGCUACUAAAACAGCGAGAAGAACAACUGCAAGGGGAUGAAGACUUUGAUCAGGAACUGGAACGGCUCCUAUCAGAACCAUAAUGUCAAGGGCAUCUGUAGGAGCUUCAUAAAAGGCUUGGUUUCCUCCAUUCUUGAGCAAAGUUGAGGGGCAGGGAUAAUUUAUUAGUACUGUUGACGCCAUUCUUAUUUCACUUUGAUACAAAAAGUACCUACUUCAGCUUUUGUUCCAGGAGAGGAAUGUUCAUGGUUGCCCAGGGAUGGAUGGGUUCUAGUCUGAUUAUGCCAUCUGUUUGCAGAAUUGAUUUGUACAUACAUUAAAAUGAGUGUGCAGAAUUAAAAUCUUGAAUAAUGAUUCCAUCUUAACUAUUUAGAAUAUGCCUACAUUUAAUUUGUUCUGGGUUGCA